AAAAUGAAUUACUUAAACAAAUCUUCUUCUUUUUAUGUCAGUAGAGACAUCCAAUAUUUAAUUGGACAAAAAGUCGUUGAAAAUGCUCGUUUUGUGGAUGAUGGAUUUUUUAAAAUUUUUUGCUGCCCAAACUUUUUUCGAUUAUCUGCCCUCGAUUCAAUUGCAAAACUGACAAUACUAACUUUGAAUAACGCCAAAAUUCAGUUUCGGUCGGCUAAUGGAAAGGUUUAA